AUGCUCGGUAAGUCGCACGGCUGGCAGAACCCGCUGAAGGGCGGCAGGCGGCCGGCCGGUUCGCCGUCCCACGAUGAGCAGCUCCUGUGGAUUAAGGGCGUGCAGUGCCAGCGUCUUUUCCUAUCACAGGCCGCCAGCGGCUGGUUCAAGAUCCUCCGGGAGGACCAAAACGGAAGGCCGGCGGAGCUGACAAUAAGAAGCAACCACUACUCCCCGCCGCCAAUUCGGAGACCCAAGGCCCCCCUCGACACGGUCCGGGGCCGUAGGCUGCUGCCACUCGUCAGGUUAGAGACCCCGACUCACCGGGACCCCGUUGGCGGCCGCGAGCGACCGCGUCCUGCUUCUAGUAGGGACCAGCGCGGCAGAUCCGACAGCCUGCUUGGCAAUCCCCUCACCGUGCAGAUGUGCCAAGCCGUAGGCGCCCAGGCGCAUUGA